AUGAAGACGCUGCACCCCGACCCCCCAGGGCCCGGUCCAGGACCCGGUCUGGGGCCCUACAUGUCGGACGGCCGCAGGAGGGUGGAUUAUGUCCUGGCCUACCACAUCCCCAAACCCUCGGGGACGCGCCGUCACUCGCACAAAUUCAGCGAAGCCGGGCUGAUGCGGCGACUGCGGCGCAGCCUGAGCAUGCGCAGCAGCCGUGCACCUCUGCAGCCCAAAGAGGACCCCAAGCUCACGGCUCAGGACCACCCCCAGGACUAUCACGAGGACGACCGCAAGUUCAAGAGGGACGAGUUCGAGCAGAACCUGCGCGACACCGGACUAGAGCUGGAGAGGGAGGAGCUGAACAAUAUUCCCGACACGGGUUUCCUGAAGAUCCACGCUCCCUGGAACGUUCUGUGUCGAGAAGCGGAGUUCAUGAAGCUCAAGAUGCCGACCACAAAGUUUUACGAAGUGAAACAGGGCAGUAACAUCGUGGAGAAGAUCCGUCUCUUCAUCCACAAAGUGACGGCUCCUCUUCAUCCCAACGUGGACCUCAGCGGCUCCCACAGCCUUAAGUGGCUAAGCCACCCCUUCUCCAGAGAGAAGCAGCACCUGUUCGAUCUUUCAGACCGAGAUAAAUUCUUCGACAGCAAGACGCGCAGCUCAAUAGUUUACAAGGUUCUGAAGAGGACGCGGUGCACUCGGGCCAAAUACAACAUGGGGAUCACCAGUCUUCUCGCUCACGGGAUCUACACAGCCGCCUUCCCCUUGCACGACGGCGACAUCGAGGGAGUGACAGCAGAGCCCAACGACAGAAAGCUGCUGUAUGAGGAGUGGGCCAGUUACAGUGUGUUCUACAAAUAUCAACCAGUGGGACUGAUCAGGAAGUACUUCGGGGAGAAGGUGGGGCUCUACUUCGCCUGGCUGGGUGUCUACACUCAGAUGCUGAUCCCUGCUGCUCUGGUCGGAGUCAUCGUUUUUCUGUACGGCUGUGCAUCUGUGGACGACAACAUCCCCAGCAUGGAGAUCUGUGACGCCCGUAACAACAUCACCAUGUGCCCGCUGUGCGACCAGGCCUGCAGCUACUGGAAACUGACCGACGCCUGCGGCACGGCGCGUGCCAGCCACCUGUUCGACAACCCGGCAACGGUCUUCUUCUCCAUCUUCAUGGCUCUGUGGGCCGUUCUCUUCAUGGAGCACUGGAAGCGGAGGCAGAUGCGGCUCAACUACCUCUGGGACCUGACGAGCUUCGGAGAAGAAGAGGAGGAGGAGCACAAGGACCAUAAUCGCGCUGAGUACGAGUUCAGAGUCAUGAAGAAGUCGCUGAAGAAGGAACAUUCAAAGGAGGAGAAGGUGAAGCUGACCUGUACUGACCGCAUGCCGGCCUACGUCACUGUGGUGACCGUCAUGUUCUUCAUGAUCGCCGUGACCUUUGCCAUCGCCUUCGGUGUGAUCCUGUACCGCAUCAGCAUCAGAGCCGCGCUGCACAUGAGCACGUACCCCGCGGCGCGCGCUAACAUCCGUGCCACCGUGAAGACGACGGCCGCCAUCAUCAACCUCAUCAUCAUCAUCAUCAUGGACGAAGUCUACGCCGCUGUGGCACGCUGGCUCACCAGGCUGGAGGUCCCUAAAACUGACAAGAGUUUUGAGGAGCGUCUGAUUUUCAAGACCUUCGUCCUGAAGUUUGUAAACGCCUUCUCUCCCAUCGUGUACCUAGCGUUCUUCAGGGGACGGCUGGUGGGACGUCCUGGAGCUUACCUCUAUGUGGUGGGCUCAUAUCGAAUGGAGGAGUGUGCUCAUGCAGGUUGCCUCAUGGAGCUCUGUAUCCAGCUCUGUAUCACCAUGUUGGGGAAACAACUGAUUCAGAACAACCUCUUUGAGAUCGGCAUUCCGAAGCUGAAGAAGCUGAUGAGGAAGAGAAAGUCAGAUCUGGACGGAAUCAGUGAAGAAGAACGACACAAGACUCUGAAGCGCCAUGAGAAAGACAUGAUCCUGGGACCGUUUUCAGGAUUGAACCCGGAGUACAUGGAGAUGAUAAUCCAGUUUGGGAUGGUGACUCUCUUCGUGGCCUCCUUCCCUCUCGCUCCUCUCUUCGCGCUCCUGAACAACAUCAUCGAGAUCAGACUCGACGCUAAAAAGUUUGUGACGGAACUGAGGCGACCGAUCGCUGCUAAAGCCAGAGACAUCGGGAUCUGGUACAAUCUUCUUCGAGGCCUCAGUAAAGUCGCUGUCAUCGUGAACGCCUUCGUGAUCUCCUUCACCUCUGACUUCAUCCCUCGCCUGGUGUACCAGUACAUGUACAGUGCAGAUGGUUCCAUGCACGGCUUCGUCAACCACACUCUGUCCUACUUCAACGUCGCAGACUUCCAGCCCGGGACCGCCCCCCUCAACCCCCACAACCUGGGCUACAGGGUCAGCACCUGUAGGUCAGUGUCACAUGACCCCCACAACCUGGGCUACAGGGUCAGCACCUGUAGGUCAGUGUCACAUGACCCCCACAACCUGGGCUACAGGGUCAGCACCUGUAGGUCAGUGUCACAUGACCCCCACAACCUGAGCUACAGGGUCAGCACCUGUAGGUCAGUGUCACAUGACCCCCACAACCUGAGCUACAGGGUCAGCACCUGUAGGUCAGUGUCACAUGACCCCCACAACCUGAGCUACAGGGUCAGCACCUGUAGGUCAGUGUCACAUGACCCCCACAACCUGAGCUACAGGGUCAGCACCUGUAGGUCAGUGUCACAUGACCCCCACAGCCUGGGCUACAGGGUCAGCACCUGUAGGUCAGUGUCACAUGACCCCCACAGCCUGGGCUACAGGGUCAGCACCUGUAGGUCAGUGUCACAUGACCCCCACAGCCUGGGCUACAGGGUCAGCACCUGUAGGUCAGUGUCACAUGACCCCCACAGCCUGGGCUACAGGGUCAGCACCUGUAGGUCAGUGUCACAUGACCCCCACAGCCUGGGCUACAGGGUCAGCACCUGUAGGUCAGUGUCACAUGACCCCCACAACCUGGGCUACAGGGUCAGCACCGGUAGAUUUAAAGACUACAGGGAGCCUCCCUGGUCGAGCACAAAGUAUGACCUUUCCAAAGAGUUUUGGGCGAUUCUGGCAGCGCGCCUCGCCUUCGUCAUCGUCUUCCAGAACGUGGUGAUGCUGAUGAGUGACUUCGUGGACUGGCUGAUCCCGGACAUUCCCAAAGACAUCAGUUUGCAGAUCCACAAAGAGAAGAUCCUGAUGGUGGAGCUGUUCCUGAAGGAGGAGCAGGGACGGCGCCUGACCCUGACCCCACAGACCCUGACCCCACAGACCCUGACCCCACAGACCCUGACCCCACAGACCCUGACCCUACAGACCCUGACCCCUGACCCACAGACCCUGACCCCACAGACCCUGACCCCACAGACCCUGAUCCCACAGACCCUGAUCCUACAGACCCUGACCCCACAGACCCUGACCCUACAGACCCUGACCCCUGACCCCACAGACCCUGACCCCACAGACCCUGACCCCACAGACCCUGAUCCUACAGACCCUGACCCUUGA